AUGACGGCCGAUGAUGAAUCUGCGGUCAACCCUAUUGACUGUUAUCAAUUAUUAACAAGCAUCACUACGUUCUUCAUUCAACGUGAGGCCGCAGCAAGCAGUAGCGGGACGACCUCGAACGCCUUCACUAUGAGAUUACUACUCGUCAUCGCAGCCACAUGGCUACCAGCACUUGGUGAGAAAAAGACAUCCAAAAGCGACUUGUCUAAUGGAUUUCGUACGGAAAUAGAUUGGGUGGAAUGGGACAAAGCUAUCGGAGUAGCGAAAGACCUCAACAAGCCGAUUUUCCUCCUCAUCCACAAAACAUGGUGUGGAGCAUGUAAA